GUAUCCCAAUCCUUCUCAAAUACUAGUAAUUGCCCAGGUGGUGCUCUAUGGGAGCUCCCCCGACGUGGCAUAGCAACAGCGUGGCACGAACUCAAGGAUCUUGUAGGGCAGGCUUCACCAUGCCUGUCCCGUUCCUGAUGUCCUUAGCGUCCAUCGCAGGAUCCUGGUUGCGGCUGAUGAUUGCAACACUGAAGGAUCACUGUACGACGACCUUGCCUCCUGCAUCCCGCGAGAUGUUGAGCAUAGAGGAAGCUCCUAUGCUAAGGCAUGUAAGGAAUUAGCUAUGUUGUCCAGCUUGAUACAGAGCAGGGAGGGCCUUCUCCCGUCUAUACUUCUUGCUCCAUCAUCAUCUUCGUCUUCGUUCAGCCCACCAUGUCUUUGAAAGAGGCACUGCAGGGCAUGUCUAUUGACACCAAGACUCGACGCUUCUCGACGAGCAAGCCCCCGGCGGAUCAAGAACUCAACUCUGCAAUCCAUUUGCAGUUCCGUCAAGCUCACGAAGGACACAAACCCCAUGCUGGUCUCGACGCCUCACAAGCAUCCACAGGUGUAGUCUGGACUUCUGAACAGGCUUACAAGCACGGCUACCUCGAUGCACCGCACGAGUGGGCUAAUCUCGGACAAGGAGCUCCUGAGGUCGAAGAUGACAUUGAGGGUUGUUUCGAGCGACCUCACACGAUCGAUGUGUCGAUGACUGGCCGUGAAUAUGGCCCGACCGCAGGCAUCAAGCCCCUUCGUGAGGCAGUCGCCAACCUCUACAACGAGCACCACCGAAAGUACAAACGAAGCAAGUACACCUGGGAGAAUGUCUGUAUCGUCCCAGGUGGACGCGCAGGUCUCAUCCGUAUCGCUGCUGUCCUCGGCAACGCUUAUCUCGGCUUUUUCAUCCCGGACUACACUGCAUACUCGCAGUUGCUCUCAUUGUUCAAGAAUUUUGCAGCCAUUCCCAUCCCACUGGCUCAAAGCGAUAACUACCACUUCCACAGUGAAAAAAUCGAGGAAGAAAUUGCUCGUGGUACUUCGGUCAUCCUGACCUCCAACCCUCGUAACCCGACGGGUAAGAUGGUCAGCAACCCCGACCUGGCCCACAUUCAAGACAUCUGCCGAGACCGAGCAACCCUGAUUAUGGACGAGUUUUACGGCGGAUACAACUACACAACAGACUGCGAUGGCACUGUCAUCAGCGCGGCCGACAACAUUGAGGAUGUAGACGAGGACGACGUCCUCAUAAUCGACGGUCUUACCAAGCGAUUCCGUCUCCCUGGGUGGCGAGUUGCGUGGGUCGUCGGACCAAAGGAGUUCGUCAAGGCUCUCGGAUCAUGUGGUUCCUACCUUGACGGUGGCACCAACGUUCCCUUCCAGGAGGCUGCUAUUCCAAUGUUGGAGCCGACACGUGUCCGAAAUGAGAUGAAAGCCUUGCAAACACAUUUCAAGAUGAAGCGUGAUUACGUCCUAGACCGCCUGGAGGGAAUGGGCUUCAAGCUGCAAUUCCGCCCCGAUUCUACCUUCUACGUCUGGGUCGAUCUCGAACCUCUCCCCAAGGAGAUCAACGAUGGUCUCAACUUCUUCCAAGCUUGCCUCAAGGAGAAGGUCAUCGUCGUUCCUGGUAUCUUCUUCGACCUAAACCCAAGCCACCGGCGCGACCUGUUUGACAGUCCUUGUCAUCACUUCAUCCGUUUGUCGUACGGUCCCAAGCUGGAGGUGUUGAAGCAGGGUCUCGACGGCUUCGAGCGUGUCCUCAAAAAAUACAACUAUACACCCAAGAAGUGAUCUGCAAAUGAGUGGCCAGGGAUAUGCGCUAGAACGUUGAACCGCUCGGAAUACCAAUGUGUUUCGAUAGUCUCUGAAACAGUGAUCGAAGUCUGAUUUACUCCAGAUCUGUGGCGUGAUGUCCACUCGUGAUCAUGCAGUGCUAUAGGCGAGUGGAGUGAUGAUAUGCACCUGAGCAGUGUG